AUGCCAUCCAACGAUCCGUCACCGCUGAAAACAACCAUUGCCCUUCCUCGCCAUUCAGCGUGGACAUCCGGCCUUCACUUCCAUGCUAGCCACACCGAGUACCUCCGCCUCGUCAAAGGCGCCAUCUUCGUCAAACUCAACGGCACAACAAAGCUGAUCAGCGCACUUGCGGGCGGCGAAAUCGACAAGGUUAACGGUCAAUUAGUGCAGGAAGGGCUCGUGGUUGAGGUCCCUCGGUUCGUUCGCCAUAACUGGGGUCGACUCGAGCACUACCGCAAAUCUACAAGAGCUUUCGGGCGAGGUGUCCAGCAGCACAGGAACUCGCCCGAGGACUGGACCGAGGAGGUAGUUGUGGAAGAGUGGACGGAUCCGAGCGAUAUCAAGAAGCCGUUGUUCUUCUGGAACCUGAAUGCCAUUAUCACGGCGCCGGGUGAGGCGUCCUCCAAGCGCGAGCGGCUCGCUAAAGAUAUUCUAGGAGAGUUUUGGAUCGACCUCCAGCUCUUCAUAGUUUUCUGGGAGUUGGACAAUUGGCCGGUCUUCUUCGAUCUCAGGAACCUUUCGUAUGGAUAUGAUCAAGGGGUAUUGCCCAGGCUAACUGAUGGUGCUGAGAUCAUCGUAUCGUUCAUCGUUCUUUUUAUCGCUCGAAUCGUCGGCUUUCUGCUAGGCUUACACGCGGUAGAGCAGCGGAGGACGCCAGACGCGCUGUGGGAAGCGUACCGAAAGCCAGCGCACACCUUGUAG